AAUCUCCGGGUCCCUCCUUUUCUGGCUCAGUCGCACACCGGCGCUUUAGACCAGCGGAAGUAGUUCCUCAGUCCUUGACGGAACUUGGUGAUGUGGCCCCCCUUCCCCUCCCCCUGUACCGGAAUGUCGGAAGAAACCCGACAGAGCAAAUUGGCAGCUGCCAAGAAAAAGUUGAGGGAGUAUCAGCAAAAGAACAAUCCUGGUACUCCUGCAGGAGUAAAGAAAAAACGGAAGAUCAAAAAUGGGAGUUGCUCAGAAACAACAGCUUCUGAUGAUUGUCACUCCCCUGAGGAUAUUCAGGACAUCCUGAAGGUGCUGGUGUCCGACCUUAACCGCUCCAAUGGGGUAGCACUCCCCCCAUUGGACAAGUGGCAGGCGCCCAAAGACCGCGCCACUCCUGCCAUACCAACAGUUGACGACACCGUGUCACCUGAUGGUGUCCCUUCGCCUUGUGCUAGUCCCCUUCAUCUUACUAGCAUGGCGUCAGUUCAGAGUCAUCAUACAGAAAAUGGCCCGUUCCUUACGGAUGAAAACGAAUGUCUGUCAUCUACCGAGAGCCUGCGACAAAUUUCUCAGCAGCUCAAUGGCCUUGUGUGUGAGCCUUCAUCCUGUGUCAAUGGAGAGGGCCUGUCAUCUGCUAAUAUGAAGGAUCUGGAGAACCGGUACCAAGAGCUAUCACUAGCCCUGGACUCCAGCAAUCUAACAAACAAACAACUCAGUAACAAGAUAGAAGAACUGAAACGACAAAACCAGGAAUCAUUGGACCAACUGGAAAAAGAGAAGAAGGAGUUUGAACAGAAGCUUGCCAAAGAGCAGGGCUCUCUAAGGGAGCAACUGCAGAUUCAUAUUCAGACAAUAGGAAUUCUGGUUUCUGAAAAGAAUGAAUUAUACACCGCCUUGGCGCAUACCCAGCAGGCAGCCAGGCAAAAAGCAGGAGAAUCUGAAGAUCUUGCUAGUCGUCUGCAGUCUUCCCGCCAGCGUAUCGGAGAACUGGAGCGCACCCUGUCUGCCGUCUCCACGCAGCAGAAACAGGUGGAGAGGCACAACAAGGACCUAACCAAAGAGCGAGAUGCCCUGAAGUUGGACUUAUACAAGAACAACAAAAACACCGAGGACCUGAAGCAGGUGAACUCGGAAAUGGAAGAGAGGAUUCGGGUGUUGGAGAAUGAGAAGGCAGGCAUGAAGCUCAAGAUAGAGGAGCUGGAGAAGAAUCUGGAGAUGUCUGAGCUUCUGCUGCAGCAGUUUUCCAGUGAAUCGAAACCCCACGAUAGCAACCAGGAAUUACAGAAGGCCCACGAAGACCGGGCACGCCUGGAGGCCCGUGUGGAGCAGCUGAGCGAUUUACUGAAGCAACUGCAACUUGAAAGAGACCGUUAUAUGGAAAAUAUGAAGGAAGACACUGCUUACUGGCAAGACAAAAUGCGGCAAAUGUCCGAACAUAUGCACAAACUGAGGGACGAAAAGGACCACAGUGUCUGUCAGGUGCAGGAACUGGAGGCCAGCGUGGCCGCACUGAAGAGGCAGCUAGUGCUGCCUCCAGCCCCAGAGCUCCCAGCCGGGCCCUCGGAGGAGGAGCAGCGGCUGCAGAUGGAGGCCAAACAGCUACAGAAGGAGCUAGAGAUCUUGGCGGGGCAGUUGCAGGCCCAGGUAAAAGACAACGAAGGUCUGAGUCGCCUGAACCAGGAGCAGGAGCAGCGGCUGCUGGAGCUGGAGCGCGCCGCCGAGUGCUGGGGGGACCAGGUUGAGGAGCGCAAGAGGAUUCUGGAGACCAUGCAGAACGACCGUACCACCAUCAGCCGCGCGCUGUCCCAGAACCGCGAGCUCAAGCAGCAGCUGGCUGAGCUGCAGGACGGCUUCGUCAAGCUGUCCAAUGAGAACAUGGAGGUUACCAGUGCGCUGCAGACAGAACAACACGUCAAGAAUGAGCUGGCCAAGAGGCUGGGCGAGCUGCAGGAGAACCUAGGAGAGCUGAAAGAGACAGUAGAACUGAAGAGCCGGGAGGCCGAGAGCCUGCAACAGCAGCGGGACCAAUAUGUGAGCCACCUGCAGCAGUAUGUGGCCGCCUACCAGCAGCACGUGGCUGCCUACCAGCAACUGGCUUCGGACAAAGAGCUCCUGCAGAGGCAGGUCCUGGUGCAGACCCAGCUCAUGGACCGGCUGCAGAACGAGGAUAUUGAGGUCAAGGUGGCGGCAGAGAAGGCCCGCCAAGAGUUAGAGGAGACCCAGGGACGCCUGGAAGCUGCCACCCAGCAGAACCAGCAGCUCCAGGCCCAGCUGAGCCUCAUGGCUAUGCCUGAGGAAGGAGACGGACUGGACGAAGAGGAGAAGGACGAGGCGGCUGCCCGUCCAAAGCUGAGCAUGCCGGAGGGCCUGGAUAGCCGAGAGGCCAUGGUGGCAUUUUUUAACUCGGCCUUAGCCGGUGCUGAGGAAGAGCAGGCCCGGCUGCGAGGGCAGCUGAAACAGCAAAAGCUGCGUUGUCAGCGCCUGGCUCACCUGGUGGCCCCUGGCCAAAAGCAGGAGGCAGAUGACAAGGCCCCCGGGAGCGGGGGCGACAGUGUGCCUGUGGAGACCCACCAGGCCCUCCAGGAGGCAAUGGACAAGCUGCAGGGCCGCUUCACGGCCCUAGUACAGGAGAAAGUGGAUCUGAAGGAGCGAGUGGAUGAGCUAGAGCAUCGGUGCAUCCAGCUUUCUGGAGAGACGGACACUAUUGGAGAGUAUAUUGCCCUCUACCAGAGUCAGAGGGCCGUGCUCAAGGAGCGGCACCGGGAGAAGGAGGAAUAUAUUAGCCGGCUGGCACAGGAUAAAGAAGAUAUGAAGGUGAAGCUCCUGGAGCUGCAGGACCUGGUGCUUCGCCUGGUCGACGAGCGUGACAAAUGGCAGGGCAAGUACCUGGCCGCUGCCCAGAACCCUGCUGGGGAGCCUGCUGCAGCGCCCCCAGCCCGAGAGCUUGGCGAUGCCAAUGGCCAGGGUGAUAUCCAAGAAGUGAACCUGGCCAAUGAGAAGAGUGUGGCACCUCCCCAGGGAGAGGCCCUGCCGGGCCGCAGUGCCCCCGAGAAUGCCACUGCACAGAAGAUCAUACAGCUGCUGCGAGAGAUGCAGAACACCCAGCAGCGCCCAGGCUUGGGCGACAACCCCUGCAUCCCCUUCUUCUACCGGCCUGAUGACAACGACGAGGUGAAGAUCAUUGUGAUCUAAGCCCGUCGCCAACAAGCAACAUCUGAAGCAAUGGGGCUGGGGGCUCUGCCCCCACCCUGUCCCUGCCCCCACCCUGUCCCUGCCCCCACCCUGUCCCUGCCACCCUAUCCUUCCUUCAUGUCCCUGCCACCCUAUCAUUCCUUCCCAGGUACCUUUUUUUCCCUAUACUAGCAAGAUAGAACCCCUAAAAAGGGGUAUGAUAAGCCCCCUAAUGGGGAGAAACAAAUAGCUGCAGACCCCCUUGCUCCCCAGGCAAGAGCUUUAUCUUUAAAAAUCUGAACUCUUUGUGGUUCCGGAAAAACAAAGAGCCACAGACUCAAGAAGUUAAAAUAGUUUAUUUAUAGGUAUGAAAAGACCCCUAAAAAAAAAAAUCAUAAAAAAAAAAUAAAAAAUAAAAAAAAUAGAAUAAAAAAAUAAAAAAUUAAAAAAUUAAAAAAAAAGGAAAAGCCCCCUAAUGGGGAGAAACAAAUAGCUGCAGACCCCCUUGCCAUCCAGGCAAGAGUUAUAUCUUUAAAAUAUGAACUCUUCGUGGUUCCGGAAAAACAAAGAGCCACAGACUCAAUAAGUUAAAACAGUUUAUUUAGGGUUAUGAAAAGCCCACGAAAAAAUAAAGAAAAAAAAGAAUAAAAAAAAAAAAAAAGCCCCCUAAUGGGGAGAAACAAAUAGCUGCAGACCCUCUUGCCAUCCAGGCAAGAGUUAAUAUCUUUAAAAUCUGAACUCUUCGUGGUUCCGGAAAAACAAAGAGCCACAGAUUCAAUAAGUUAAAAUAGUUUAUUUAUAGGUAUGAAAAGACCCCUAAAAAAAAAAAAAAAAAAAAAAAAUUAAAAAAAUUAAAAAAAUAGAAUAAAAAAAUAAAAAAUAAAAAAAAAAUUUAAAAAAAGGAAAAGCCCCCUAAUGGGGAGAAACAAAUAGCUGCAGACCCCCUUGCCAUCCAGGCAAGAGUUAAUAUCUUUAAAAUCUGAACUCUUCGUGGUUCCGGAAAAACAAAGAGCCACAGACUCAAUAAGUUAAAAUAGUUUAUUUAGGGUUCUGAAAAGCCUAUGAAAAAAUAAAGAAAAAAAAGAAUAAAAAAAAAAAAAAAAAGCCCCCUAAUGGGGAGAAACAAAUAGCUGCAGACCCUCUUGCCAUCCAGGCAAGAGUUAUAUCUUAAAAUCUGAACCCCUCGUGGUUCCGGAAAAACAAAGAA